CCGAGUCAAAGCAACUUCCUUUUCUUAAAUUUCAUAUAUAUCUAAUAGUAUGGCUGGGGAUAAUGGCUCCACCAGCAUUGCAUCAGCUACCCUGGAAGCCUUCAAGUUGGUUGCCCGCCUAUCAUGGCACCGGAAUUUGACUGCAUGGGUUUUCAUACCAGUUGGGGUUUUGGUUAUCCUUUUGGCAUGUUUUGGAGUCAAUUCUCUCAUUGGACUAAGCUCUGUAUCUUUCCCAGCUUCAGUUGCGUGCUUGCUUGUUCUGUUUUUGGCCCUGAUUGUAUUGGAUAUGAUCAUUGGAGACCGGAAAACAAGAGCCGUUGUCAAUAUUAUUGACGUACCAGCUGGAUUUGCUCUUCGAUGGAUAAAUAUCUUUUUCACGCCUUCCUUCGUUCUGCUCCCAUUGAGUCCUCCGAUUGGGGGUGUCGAAGUGGCAAAGAUCAUAGCAGUAUUCCUCAUUGGGUUCUUCGUGGUUUUCAUAGCCACGGCCUGCAUAGCAAGAUUUCUACACCUGAUCUCGGGCACUUCAAAAAGAGCAAUAACCGAAAGAGCAGAAGAGAUGGGUGACGAAUCUGAUGCAAUUCCUCUCGCAGACUCAACUCCAAGAAGGCAAAACUCCGAGACCACUCUUACAAGCGGCUGGAGCACACCUGGCUUCCCAGGCCUCCCAGAUGACUCGACCAACGACUUGAUUGCACCUCAACGAGCUCAAGAUCCCUCUCGAAUCCGAGGUACCGGUGGCCCACCAGAGAGCGAUACCCCAAAUCAACAUGUUGCCCGGAGUCAGAUCUUGCAAGCCCCUCUCCCACUCACCCGUCCGCAAAGAUGGGCAGCGUUCAUCAACCUGAAUUUCGAUAGACUUACAUACCUCUUCCUCUUCCUCUUCAUCGGACUUCCAAUCUACUACUCAACCGGCUAUGCCAUGCCAGCACAGCUAACCUUCAACAUCCUCGCCUACUUCACAGCUCUGUCUCUCCCCGCUCGAUGGAGACAAUUCCUGCAUCCGGUCUUGGUCUCAUCCGGGAUUACAAUCCUCGGAAUCUGGAUCCUAGGGCUCAUCCGCGGCGACAGCCUAAACACCAGUCUAAGUGCCUACAAAACGGGCACAAACUACCUCGACCUCUGGCACGGUGAGAAACAGCUCAAAAUGCCAGGAACCGGUGAUCUCCUCGUCAGUGCCCUUGAUGCAAGCAUCGUUGCACUCGCUCUCCCGAUGUUUUCCUACAGAAUGGAACUUAAGCGGCAUUUUUUCGCUAUUGUGAUUCCAAAUGUCGCUGUCUCAAUAGGCUCUCUCUUUGGAUAUCCUGUGGUGUGUUAUGCUAUUGGGAUCUCUGCAAGACGGAGUCUUGCGUUUGCGGGACGCAGCUUGACGCUUGCUCUUGCUACGCCAGCGGUUAAGAAUCUGGGUGGCGAUGCGAAUACUGUCGCUGCGUUGGCGAUUAUGAGUGGGAUUCUUGGGGCGCUGAUCGGCUCCAGGGUGCUGGAUUGGUUGAAGAUACCUGAAGAAAAAGACGACUAUGUGACUCGAGGUGUCACACUGGGAGGGAACUCCUCAGCGAUCGCAACAGCAGUCUUGCUGGUUUCAGACCCGCGAGCAGCAGCACUAUCAAGUCUAAGUAUGAGUUUGUUCGGUAUCAUUACUUUGGCUUUAACAUCAGUUCCUGUCAUAGUCAAAGCGAUUGACUCGUUAGUUGACUUGUAA